AUGAUUGGAUUGGGUAGAAGCGGCUUCAAAGCAGGACGCCGCGCACUUUCGUCCGCUGCGGCCCAGGUAAGGAGUUUAAUAGAAAUUAUAUUUAAAAACAAUCUUCAGGCGUCGGCGACCGCCACUUCGCAGCCGCCUCCAAAAUCGACUGUAGAGGUUUCAUCCGCACCUUCCCACCGCAAACCGUUUGUGAAAUUCGCGAACAAUGUGCCUCCAACUCCCGUGGAGCAGAUUCGCCUGCAGAAAAAGUAUCAGGAGGGUUUGGAGAGCAACAAAUUUGAGACACUGCACGACGCCGUCGAAUAGUAAGCGAUUUCCGAGUUUUGCAGCAAAACUAGUGAGUUUUAGCAUCGAAUGGCGCGGAACUGUGUUCCCGCAGACAAUUUCCAAAAUCAUCAGUCUUUUGGAGAAGUCUUCCGAUCUUGCGACGCUCUCUGAUCGUCAGCUCGCCGUUAUUCUCUCGGUGUUCGGUGCCACGUGUGACACGCUCUCCCGUCAAAUUCGUGCUCAACAUUUGCAAAAGGUCGAAGCGAUUCUUAAGGAGAAGGGCGUCGUUUUGGGACUUUCGGCUCGGAAUCAAUUGAUCGAGGCGAAAAUCGACAAUAGAAGUCAGUUGGAUGCGGUGGAGGAGCUGCAAGCGUUCGAGGAGAGCGGAAUUGAGCUGGACGGAAAGUCGUACGCAUUGCUCUGCGAAAUCUAUGCCAAACAGUCGAAUACCAAAGCUAUUACGUGAGUUUGGAUCUUCUUUUGAGUCAGUCCAUAUAGUUUCUUGCAGUGAUAUCAUUGCUCACAUGAAAAGUGUCGGAAUCCCGCUCACCGAAGACCACGUCGCUCAACUGGUGUACUCGGUGGCGAGAGGAGGAAAUUACUCACACGUCGGACGCGUUGUUGAUGUACGUAUCACCUUUUACAGCUAAUUUAUGAUUUAAUCUGUGAAUCUUCAGACGUUUGCCACAUCGAUGAACGUGGUCCGUCUCCGGUGUGCGGCCGCGAGAGCAAUUGCCGAACGGGAGAAGAACGAGUCGGGACGAGGAGGAUACGAAGUUACGGAAAUGCUGAGAGCCGUCCCCACAACUGCCAAGAUGCACUCAGUACGAAUACCGAAAUCAAUAACUGUUAAAACCAAUUUUUCAGUUCGACAAUAACAUCUACGUGGUCAAUGUACUGAUGGAUCUUGUGGAGAACGGGCAGCUCGACGCGUUUUCGCUUCUCUCCUCAUACCUGAUCGUCUCGGAGUCCGGUUCAACUCUCGGAGACAACAAGCUAAAUCUGCCGUUAGUCGCCCGAGCAAAGUCACUUCUUAGCGAAGGAAAUAUCGAAGAAGCGAUAGUUCUGUACUCUUGCGUCCACCCCAACUAUUCUAACGAGUACGUCUCACUGGCUUUGUCGGAACUGAAUUUAUUUUUUUUUGGUUGCAGUUUCUUCCUUCAAAAUCUGCAACGAACACUCGAGGAGAGCGUUAAGCAAGUCACACCGGACAGUCUACAAUCGUACCUGAAAACGGUCACGUUAGCCGAGAAUAAAGGACUUCUCCAGAGCGCCAACGAGUUUCUGCUCACUUCUUGCUCGAGAAACACACUUCCAGCCUUCUUGACAAUCUUUGAACACGUACAGAACUCGGGUGACGCUCGAACUAUUCUUGGUCACAAUCCUGGUCUGAAAAAGCCAAUUGCUCGGCAGCUGGCUCAUUUGCUCGUGAAAAAGACGUCUCCGACAAAGCAGAUGGAGCUUUUGUCGAAAAUUGCCAUCGUACUUUUUGCGCCGUCGGCCGUGGAGGGAGGAGCCGAUCCCUGGCGAGCCUAUGAGAUAGUAUACAAGAUUGCCAACAAAGGUGUGUCGAAAUGUCGUAGGAAAGUUCCGCAUUUAAUGUAUUACAGACAUCAAACUGGUUCUCCCAGCGCUCGACCAAAUGCCCAGCACAGUCUGGCACGAGAAGCGCGAAUUCGCCACCGGAAUCGUUCAUCAGCUGCUCUACUCGGACUCUUCUGAUCAUUUGGCGACGGAAAAGCUUCAAAUCCUUCUGGAAUCGAACAAAAUCGGACAGCUCAACUCGGUCCGCUUGCACAAAUGGCUAACCAAAUAUUUAUUAGCCGACAGCACGUCGACGAAACGCCUGAAAAUCGUUGCCAAAAUUCUCGCCCUGGACUUCCGUCCGCCAGAGGCCGGACCCGCAAAACUGCGAUUUGGGGGCAGAAAUCUCGUCAGAUUCUUCUCGAACGAGGCAAUUUCGGCGAAACACACCGCUCAGCUUGUGCAACUCCUGGAAGAUGAGGGCCGAGUUUCGCUAAGCACCGAGGAACUUGUCGAUGCCCAAAAAGUGCUCUCCGGAGCCCCUGAAAAACUCGAGUUGUUAAGAAAACUGAAGAAAAGUGUGACGUGGCAAAGAUGGCGGUCGAGCGACGUGGAGCAACUUCUCAAGGAGCUCCAAAGCUUCUCGGAGGAUGUGAAUCCGGCGGUGAAGCUCACGUUGAGACGAGUUAUUGUAGAGAAAACAUUGAGGGAACACGGCGACGACUUGGAUUUUCUGGUGCAGAUCUUGGAGAAAGCCUCCGAAUGGCGAAAAGAGGAGGUGGACGAGGAAAACUUGUUGAGAAAGCAGCUUAUCGAUAAGAUUGGAGUACUGGAGUAUAUGACACUCUCGAAAGCACUUUCGGCCAACGACAUGGUGCUUGCGGAUCGAAUCUGGCAGCUUCGAUCUCCCCGUAAACUCAAGGCGGACGUCCUCCUCUCCUACGCGUCUCGACUUUUUAUCCAAGGAAACCUGGAAAGAGCUGAUGAAGUGUGUGCUUUGCUGCGUCAAUCAUCGCAGACGAUUCGCCCACAAACACUCGAAAAAAUGGGUCGACGUCUGAAAGGAGUGGAUGUCGAAAAAAUGAGCGAACUGGCAGAAUAUCUAGGCAAAACAUUCAACUUGAGGUCGAAAGACAUGCGAAGAGUUGUGCUGCAAGCGAAGACCGAUCUCCUUACCAGGCUCAUUAAAGCCAACGACUUGGCCGGAGCCCUUCGGAUUGCCGUUGAGGAAACAAGCGCAUCGGGAAGAGCAUUCGGACAAGUGCCCCUCAUGAUCGCAGCCAUCAAAUGCAACGAUCGUCAGACGCUCGAGAGCGUGCACACGAUGGUACGAUCGGCCCACGACACGGAAAUGGCUAAUAUCAACCUCGCGUAUGCCCUAAUCCAUGCGGAUCACACGAAGCGCGCCCGUGACCUCGUCGAACGACAGAAUCUGAACGUCGGCGACAGCGUCCUGCAAUACUUUACGACUAUCGCAUCGACUGAGGAUAAUCCGAGACUUCUCAAGGAUUUGUUCAUCGUGUUCAAUGGAAGAGCGUCGACUUUGGAGCUGAACAAACUGCUCGAGCUGGCCACGAAGAAGAUGUGUAAGUUGUGGAAGGAACUUUUCAAAAUUCUUCUAAUUUCUUCCUUUUUCAGGGAUAAACAACGAUUUAGAGUCGCUGGACGAGUUGUCGCGUGAGAUCGAGACGACGUCGUUCCCACUGACAAACAAUGUGCGCACCUUCUUUGACAACAUCAAAUCGAAGCAUUUCGCCGCUGAAAAUGCUGAUUUUGAUUGA